GUGACUUCAGUCAAUAAAAAUGAAAGUACUAGUCAGCUGGUGUGAAGCUGUAGCUCUUAUUUUUAUUCUUAAGUUGUGUUUUAACGCGAGUUAUCAGCUGACUGGGCUGCAGGUAUGUUCGCUCUGUGGUGGUACUGUCCAAAACAACACCUACGUGGGUGACUUCUGCACUUUAUCCGCUGGACGGAUUGACAAGAGGUGCUGUUUAGCAAAUGAUAACUCGAGCGACCCUGAACGCAUCAUCGGGUUGGAUUUAUCCAGUUGUUCACUGACUCAAAUGGAAGACCUUUCAGGAGCAUCCACAGUGGUGGUGAUAGAUCUCUCACUGAAUCCCAUUACCAACAUCAGUGACAAAGUCUUCCAAGGAUUUCUUGACCUAAAAUUCUUGAUUUUACCAGAGCACAUAGCUUGUCCAGGUGGGAAUGCUUCAUGGCAACAGAUGGACGUAAAACAAGGGAAGCAGCUUUGUAAGGACCAGAAAAACAUGUGCAACCAGACAGGACAGAUGUCUAUGAAUUGUCCAGAAAACUCCCUUUGCGGCCCCUAUGGUCCCGGCUUCUUUGAGUGUCACUGUGCUGAAAAUUACCAUGGAUACAAGUGUCUUCGGCAGGCGGAAUUCCCAGUUCUGAAGGUUUUCGGGCCUCUUGCAGCAUCCACAGUUGUCAUCUCCUUCCUGUUGUGGAUUACCCAGAGACGCAAAGCCAAAUCACUCUGAGUCUGAGCUGCUUUUAAUCUGACAAGAAACAGACUCCUGAAAGAGAUAAUAAUGCUGACAAAGCCCACGGUGGCACCACACUCUGGUGUGAAUAUUUUACAAAUGUUACUGUAUUCGUUUUCAGGGGCAGCUGUAUUUUAUUUUGGGGAGAGAAAAAAAAACUGGCAUUUUUAUUAUAAUUAAUGUGAUAUAAUUUUUAGGUAAAAACAUACAUUUUAAAAUAUGACCUAAUUUUUUGACAAAUAUUACCACUGGUGUUGCUUUUUUAAGUAGACUUGCAGAUAACAGUGAACACUGAAUUAUUCUGUCAAACAAGUGCUAACUGUGUGCGAGUUUACACCAGAAAUAAUGUUUUGCAUGUUUAGAAAAAGUUGAGCAACAACUCAUUGCAUGCUGACUCUGUGUUUUAAUAUUUUUUUGCGGGGUGACAGUGCUGCCAAGAAGGGGCUGGUAAGAGGAGGAGGCAGCGGGUUAGCUGUGUUAAAUUUAAACCAAAACUGCAAGUUUAGUUGCACUUUAAUGAUGAUUUUAUCCUCUUCAGUUCAAAAGUGUUAUUGUUUAAAUGUAUCCAGGAUGGAAAAAAAUUAUGUUAUAGUGUUUGAGUCCUGCUAUGGCAGCUUAGACAAACGGGUUGGUGGGUCUAGCUGCUCAGCAGUGUCAUAGCAGAUUUGUUGUACAAACUUUGGAGAUUUAAUCUUCCUGCUGUUGUAUAAUUGCCUUUAGUUUUUUUUUUUUUUUAUUUGGCUAACUGACAACUAUUCAAGGGUCCAGCAUGGUCAGACUGAAGUCGAACUGUCGAUGCGCGGUCACAAGGUUGCAGGACGUUUGUUUUUGUAAACACUGUUCAAAGUCCUCAAGACUUUGAAUGGAGCUCUUGUGAAACCCUUCCUGCUGCAGAAAAGGUCAUGGUGUUUUGUCAUAUGUGUGGCUUACAACACUAAAGUAAACACAGAGGUCAUAGCAAAGAGGAACGACUAUUACGAUUUCAGAGGUGGAGAAAAGAAUGAUUGACUAGCUGCAAUGUCGCAUUUUAUUUUAGUUAUUGGAAGCCAAAAAAAAGAACAAAAGGCCUCAGUGGGACAUUUGCCAGCUGCAAUGGACCAGAACCGAACAGGGGCAGUUUAGUGUUGUGUCCCAACAGUAUGUACUUCCUCACAGCCUGGGAUAAUUCCUCUUUAAAGCUAUCCAUUCUGCUCUCUGGGUAAAAAAAAACAGCUUCUGAAAGUUGACUAGUUGGGGAUUGUCACAAGCAAACACACCCACACCCAAUUCAGAGAGGUUGUGACGAGAAGGGAUGGACAACAUAAGGCUAAGAACAAAAUGACUGCAACAAUGAGAACCGAUUUCAGCACUUCGACUCAACCAUGAAGGGCCAGAACUCUCUCUUUCAUGAGUUUCAAAGUCUUGUCCUGAAAUACAGUCCACAAUCUGGAUGUGGUUUUUCUGGUGUAUCUCUCUUUAUCUAGUUUAAAGUUCAGGGUUUUAAUAAAGAUUUUACAAUAGCAUAUUAUUUUCCUCUUUUUAUGAGAUAUUUUACUGCUUCAGUGUUAGAUCUUGUGUCAGAAGUUUCCACUUUGUACUGCUGUACAAAAUGAAAUAUUACCCAGGUUUUCAAGAUUUUUCUGGAAAAUGAUAAUGAAAUGAAGUUUCUGCAAAGAAUCAAAAGUUUAUUGAUAGAGUCAAGAUCUUUAAGGCCUCCUCACUUUUCCUUUGCAAAAUGGUGCUACAUUGUGCUGAAAAUAAACAGAUUUUGCUCUCGA